AUGCCGCCGUCGUCCGGCGAGCUCUACACGUUCCACAUGAUGUCAACAGAGGUGUUGGUAGAUUGCCUUCUACCAUCGGGCAUCAUCGUGCCUCUGAAAUGCAAUCGGGAGGCCACACUCCGCCAGAUAAAGGAGAAUCUCUUCAACGAAGCACAAUACUACCCGCUGUUCUUCAUGUUGAAAGAACCAAAAAUCUACGUUUUUCGGUCGAUACUCCUCUCCUCCGACUGCUCGGAGUUCUUCGACGAGACCAGACGUCUCUGCGACUUGCGGCUCUUCAAGCCCAUGCUCCAGCUCGUUGAGGCGGGAUCCAACGCCGAAGAGCAGAAAAUCGAGGAGGAGAUCCACCAGGCCGUGGGCGGCUACAUACGUGACUUCGCGAACGAAGACGACGACGAAGUUGUCAGUUUCCGGAGGAAUAUCAUGAUGUCCUGCGGGAGAACGGUCACCAAGCGUGACCGGGGGAGCGUCGACGACAAGCUCGGCUACAUCUACCCACCCGACAUCGAGGUGAAUGCGGAGCUCCCAAUGAACGUCGCUCUCUCACCGAAAGGAAUUUUCGAAGUCAACGUCUGGGUCAGCAUGGGCAACGACAAGCACGAUCCGUGCCUCGUGCCGGUCACCGUGGACAUGACACCGCAGUCUCUUCUCAGCAGAACGGUGGCCUCUUGCGCGAGCGCAUCCCGGAUCGACUUCGAAAAAGAACCUCAUCUGAUCAAGGUUUGCGGGAUGAACCAGUACCUGCUCGGUGAGCAGAGACUCAUUCAGUACAAGUACAUCCGCGAGUGUUUGGUCAAGUCGUCGGUGCCGCAGCUGAUCCUGGUGCCGAAGAAGAAAGUCUACGACAACAUUCCGGACUCCGGUUUCGUAAUGCCCGCCUACGCUCGACGGAAAACCGGGGCGGACCUAUCCACGACGCAGUCGCUCUACCAGAUCAACGAUAAAUUCAAAGUCAGGAUCAUGUCGGCCUAUUAUCUGAACGUGAGCAACGUCGACAAGGUUUUCGUGCGAACAGGAGUCUACCACGGGCCUGAAAUGCUCUGCGAGCACCAAGCCAAAAAGGUCGACAACAGCUGCCCGGAAUGGAAACAGCUGCUGAGGUUCAAUCUCGACGUGCCGGAUAUCCCGCGGAGCGCCCGACUCUGUUUGUCUGUUUGUGCGGUCCUGAAGAAAAGUCGCGAGAGCGUCCUGAUCGCUUGGGCGAACAUUCCGUUGUUCGAUUCCAAGAACGUUCUCGUGAGCGGCAAAAUGAACCUGUCGCUGUGGCCCGUCCCCAAGGGCAUGACCGACCUGCUGAAUCCUUUGGGCACGACCGCGAGUAACAGGAAGAGUGAGAGCGCCGGUCUGCUGAUCGAGUUCGAUAAAUACUCGCCCAACGUUCGCUAUCCGAUGUUCGAGGAAGUAUGUGCCAGCGGUGUGCGCUUCACUGAGACCCCUGGAAUUCCGACGCGGGCUCAGGUGGACCAGCUGCACGACAUCAUCAACAGAGACCCUCUCUACGAAUUGACGGAACAGGACAAGGAACUGCUGUGGGAGUUCCGAUACUAUUUACGAAAAAACAUCCCGAACUCGCUGCCGAAACUCCUCGACUCGAUCAUGUGGAACCAGCGACGGAGAGUCAGCGAGAUCUACCGACUUCUCAAAGAGUGGCCGUACGUGUCCCCGGAAAUCGCCCUCGAGCUGCUCGACUGUAAAUACCCCGAUUAUUUUGUGCGAGAACGCGCCGUGCAGUGGCUCUGUGAUAUUCUUGCCAACAAGGUUCUGGCGCAAUAUCUCCUGCAGCUGGUGCAGGUGCUCAAAUUCGAGCCGUACCUGGAUAAUCCGCUGGGCACUUUCCUACUAGAACGAUCUCUCCUAAACUAUAACAUUGGUCACUAUUUUUUUUGGCAUUUGAAGUCCGAAAUGCACGAUCCCUCGGUCGCGCUGAAGUUCGGUCUGCUGCUCGAGGCCUUCUGCCGCGGCAUGGGCUCCCAUCUUCGGGCUGUUGUGAAACAGGUGGCCGCCCUGGACAAGCUCACCUUGCUCACCGAAGCGCUCAAGUCGGACGCUUGCAAGGACAAAAAAGCGUUCUUGGAGAAACAAUUGCAACAACAGGAUUACAUGGAGGCGUUGGAGAAUCUCCAAUCGCCUCUGAACAACGCUCUCACGCUGGGAACCCUCAUCCCGAACCAGUGCCGGGUCAUGAGUUCGGCGAAGAAGCCGCUCUGGCUCAUUUGGAGGAACCCCGACUUCGCCGGGGACGUUGGCACCCUGCGACACCAUCAGCUCAUUUUCAAGAACGGCGACGAUUUGCGUCAAGACAUGCUCACCCUCCAAGUCAUCCGGAUCAUGGACUCGAUCUGGAAGCGAGAAGGCCUCGACCUUCGCAUGAUGCCGUACGCGUGUCUGUCGACCGGGGAAAACGUCGGCAUGAUCGAGGUGGUCAAGAACGCGAUGACGGUGAUGGACAUUCAGAGAACGGGCCGCCUGUCGAAGUUUCAGUUCGACUCCAAUCAGCUGCACCGGUGGAUCAAGGAGAAGAACGAGGACGAGACCCGAUACACGCAGGCGGUCGAGACGUUCACGUACAGCUGCGCUGGCUACUGUGUCGCGACGUUCAUUCUCGGGAUCGGCGAUCGAAAUCCCGAUAACAUCAUGGUCAACGAGGACGGCCAGAUAUUCCACAUAGACUUCGGGCAUUUCCUGGGACAUUUCAAAAAGAAGUUCGGCAUCAAUCGGGAACGUGUGCCGUUCGUACUUACCGAGGACUUCCUCAAGGUGAUCGCUCGCGGCGAGGAUCAGCCAAUCAAAAGUGUUCAUUUCACCAACUUCCAAACACUUUGUUUCAAGGCGUAUUCACUACUGCACAAGCAUUCGCGGCUCUUGAUUACGUUGUUCACGAUGAUGCUGUCGACGGGCAUCCCGGAACUGCAGAGCAUCGAAGACAUUGGUUACAUUCGGAAAACGCUGCAGGUCGAAAAGAGCAGCGAGGACGCUUUAACGUAUUUCCAGACGCGACUGAGCGAAGCCUACGACGGCGCUUGGAGCACCAAGAUCGACUGGUUCUUCCACAGUGUGAAACACAUGUGAGACACGCACACUUGCACCGAUCGCGCGAUUUUAGCCCGGACCCAGCGAUAGGACUCGUAGAUGACGAAAAGUGUUGACAGUACGGGAUUCGCUCGGAUACCGGCUCGUGAGCCGAAAGACGGUCUGGUGGACAGAUGGGUGGACGAGCGAAUCGGGACGAUUCUAAGGGAAAUUACGGAAGCAUAGCCGAAGGAGUUGCUGGGACGGGAGGGAAGAUCGAGCGAUGAUUCGGGAGUUUGUAUAGUACCGCGUCGGUGGGGCCGAAUCGGAGAUCAAGGGACUAUCUGAUCGGAUGCAACUUCUCUAAUUCUUGCGGGCCCUGUGACCUCCUCAUCCGUUUGCCUCUGCCUGCUCACUUUCCGUCGAUGUCUG